CUGUCUUCUUUUACUAGUCCUCGUUUUUUUUUAGCGCUUUUAACCCUGAAAUGUACAUACCACCAACUAGCCCAAGUGAAUGCCCUUUUAUUGUUCACCCACGUCGUUUGCAGACGGUGUAGGCGUUGAUUUACGAUCAUCGGGGCCUUUAGCACCGAGCGUCGCCUCCUAUUUUGAAGCUCUGGCCCCUUGCCAACAGCGCCACGAGUGUGCUUUCCCUGCUCGACGAGGGACGUGGAGUUUCAGCCCCGGGCGUGACAAGCCCCGUUUGGAAUAAGAAAGGAGGUAUGCCAGAGCGGCGAGGACCGCGCUUCGGCUUGGUCCCAUUACAAGACGUGCCGACGAACCAUAAGCGCAGCAAACAAGUUGGCCAGCCUGCGGAGUUAACCCCCGCUCCUUGCAGCUCGCAUUCUCGUGACAUGUGACGUUGGUUUCGUGCUUCAAGACCCCCUGGAUACCUGCGCGAUUCUGGGACAACGUGAGUCCUGCCUAACGUGCCUGCACAACAUCCGCAAGCUUGUGAAAAGUUCGACUGUGAUUUUUUCUGUGCUAACUGGCGAGGAUCUCUCGCCUUAGCCGCUCUAUCAGAAUCAGCUGCAUUACCCACCCUGUGGCGACUGCGAUUUCUUCUUGUUUCAACCGGGAGUGUAAAAAACUGACUUUUGUAUGAGGACAGUUCCUACGCAGAAGAGGAGAGCUCAAUCCUCCGUUAUGUGAUAUACAGGGUCAAUGGACUUUUUUCAUUCUUAAGCUGUCAUGUGAAGGAAAGGAGCUGUGCCACCGAAAGGAGAUUAUACGGUGUUUUUUUUUAUUGCCAACACUAAAGUGUUUGUAAUAAGUAUAGUUUCUACCGGAAUCAGUUAUAUCCGGCAAGGUAUUAUUCUGCGGCUGUAAAACUGCGUGUCGGUUGCGCAUUGAGUACUCGACGAUUUGAAAUGCUUGGUGACGAUAUCGUGUAAUUAAUUCCUUUGACAUUGUCUUCAGAUAAUGUCGAUAUCUGAGUCGUCUGUCCGGAGAAGAUAUCAAAUUUCUGCAGGAAAGCAUUCAUCUUUCCUAAUUUCAUAUCCAUUCUUUUUAGCUCCCUCUAGAACCUCCCCAACGCAGUACCCAACCAGAUUUUGUGGUCCCUUCCGCUUUCUUUUUUCCUAACCUCAUGUGAACCGGUCCCGAUUCAGGAUCACGUUUCGUUCUAAAGAAGUAUUAGUUCUCGUUGAAUUAAAGUGUCUUCUUUAGCAGCUCACAGGACUCUCCAUUUAAAGGUAUCAUGAUCGUCUAUGGAUCCCACUGAGUUUGAGUGAGGUUUAAGUGCAGUUUGUGUAGUCCUGACGGCAUGAUCUUUCAACUUAACUGGAGACUGUACCAGAUCACUUCAGUAACAAAGCUCUAGACAUUUCUAUCGGGCCAUUCUUCAUUUGGUUUCCAAGAACACCCGUCUCGAGCUGUUGCAGGUUUAAAGGGUUAGUAAUUGAAGAGGACUAAGAGACUGAAAACAAUAUAAUAUUCAAAGGUCAACAUGAAACCUCUGUGUCUGUGAAUGAAGGCUCCCAAAAAGUGCAUCGUCGAACUACAGUGAAAGAUGUGGCUCCUUCUGGUCGCGGCUUCUGGUGUGGUCCUGCUCGUGUGCCGUUGGCUCCUGGACAGAUCGGAGCAGCCGCGAACGAAUGAGGCCGACUUUGCACCGGGACCCCAGGGGCUACCCCUCGUGGGAUACUCUCUAGGUGCACAACCCUUAGAGAAGCUGAACGUCCUUGCGGAGCAGUACGGCCCCGUGUUCGCGUUCAGAUUCCUGGGCCGGGACUACGUGCAUCUAGGGACGUACUCCGCCAUUCGAGAAGCCUACAUCAAGCUUGGAGACUGCUUCGUUGGGAGACCCAGGAUUCCAUCGGCCAUGGCUUACCUCCUGGACUGCCAAGGCAUCUCUGAGUGCGAGGGCCAGCACUGGACCGAGCAUCGGCGGUUCGUACUGCACACCCUGCGGGACUUCUGCUUCGGCAAGCUCAGCGUCGAGGACCGGGUACACGAGGCGGCCGACCGACUCGUGGCUCGCCUGGAAGGCGCUGCGGGCAGGGCCCUGGACCCGGAACCCCUGCUGAACGAGGCCGUGGUCUCUGUGCUGGCUAGCCUGCUCUUCGACGUCCCUUCGAGCGACGACCAGGGAGACCUGGCGCGGCUCAUCCGCCUGGUGAACGGGGCCACGCCGUUCCUCCACGCAACUAUGCCCAACCUUUGGACAUGCGUGACUCCGAUUGAGCUGAGUGCGGGCUUCUCGGAGCUGCAGAGCCUCAAGCGGGACUUUCACGCGCUGCUGGACAAGCUGGUGGCCGAGCACGAGCGCAGCCUCGACGAGUCCCGGCUGCGGGACUACAUGGACGUGUACCUGGACGAGCGCCGGAGGGCCAUGGAGGAGGGCAGCCUGGACGGGAGCACAUUCACCAUCCACCGGCUGAAGACGAUCUGUCUGGACCUGCUGCUGUCGGGCACGGCGCCCACGACGGCGCUGCUGUGCUGGGCGCUGAAGCUGGUGGCCCGCCACCCGGAGGCCCAGGUCCGCGCCCAGGGCGAGAUGGACGCCGUGCUCGCGUCUCCGGACCAGCUGGGCUCGCUCUUCAGCAGGGACAACCUGCCCUUCACAGAGGCGAUGGUGCUCGAGGUGCACCGCCUCGCCAGCGUCUGCAUGCUGGCGCCACUCAGGACAAACUCCGAAGAGACCACGGUGGGCGGCUUCCGAAUCCGUGCCGGCAGCCGGGUGCUGGCCAACCUGUGGCGCGCCCACAGGGACCCCGACUUCUGGAGCGAGCCCGAGCGCUUCGACCCGACGCGCUUCCUCGGAGACGACGGCAGGCCCGACAAGAAGGACGCCUUCAUGCCCUUUUCGCUCGGCAAGCGGGGCUGUCUGGGAGAGUCGCUGGCCAGGACGGAGGCCUUCGUCUUUCUGACGGAGCUGCUGAAGAAGUUCUCGUUGGCCGUCACGGAGCCCUUCCAAGACCAGGAGCUAGGCUGGAAACCCCCGCAGGGCAUCCUGCGCUUCGCCGAGCCCUUCGAGCUUAUCGCCACGCCCCGGACUCCCUCGACCGCACUCUGAAGCAGCGCUCACCGCCUGCACCAGUUACGUCGCUGUAGCAUGCCCAUUGCAUCGGGCCAUUCGGCUGCCCUUCUCUGGGAUCCCCUCGAAUACGCCGGAAAGCGUGUCCCUUUGACGUCGCUUGGACGCUAAAU